AUGAAAAAAAAGAAAGAAUUACAUCGCAUAGUCGCAGCCACAACCUUAGAUUGUUCUGAAGACGAUCCCCGACCUUAUGUCACCGUAGAAAUAUUUGGUACAAAGAUCCGUGGCUUACUUGAUUCAGGAGCAAGUCUGAGUUGCCUUGGUGUAGGUUCUCUAGAGUUUCUAAAAGAAAAUCAAAUUUCUUUUAGAAAGUUCUCGUCAUUUAUCUCCACCGCGGACGGACAGAGACAAUCGAUUGUUGGUAUGGUUACGGCCCAAAUCCAUUACAAAGGCAAAGUCGGUGUCAUGGAUUUGUUUAUCGUUCCAUCCCUGACCCAGCAACUAUAUCUAGGUGUAGACUUCUGGAGACUUUUCCAGAUAGCUCCUAACCUAAUUUCUGAAAUCUCACUUAACACUGAAAUAGUAAAUAAAAUGGACACGGCGACCAAGAUUGAUCUAAACGAACAAGAGCAUGAUAGACUCCGCGAGACUAUCGCACGUUUUCCGUCUUUUACCACAAAAGGCCUAGGAAAGACCAACUUAGUAGAACACUUUAUUGAUACGGGAGAUGCAACACCUAUAAAGCAACGACAUUAUCCCAUAUCUCCAGCGAUACAAGCCCUGGUGUAUGAGGAAUUGGAUCGCAUGCUUUCUUUGGGGGUCAUCGAAGAAAGUUCCAGCGCAUGGAGUUCUCCCGUCGUUUUAGUACGAAAACCUGGGAAAAACCGCCUGUGCUUGGACUUUCGGAAGGUGAACCUAGUAACAAAGAAAAAUGCGAGUCCGAUUGCUCAUAUAGAGGGACUGUUAGCCCGUCUCUCAGAAACACACUUUAUCUCAAGUGUGGAUUUGAAAGAUGCGUACUGGCAGAUACCGCUGGAGCAAAGUUCUUGGGAGAAGACGGCUUUUACCGUUCCAGGAAGACCAUUGUAUCAAUUUAAAGUAAUGCCUUUCGGUCUUUCCAACGCAGCGCAAACUCUGACUUAUCUAAUGAACUUAGUAGUUCCUACAGAAUUACGUGACCAAGUCUUCGUUUAUCUGGACGAUUUACUUGUCAUAUCGAAGAACUUUGAAGAGCACAUCAGAAUUUUAGAAGUUAUUGGGAAAAGGUUACUUGAAGCUGGUUUGACGAUAAACGUCAAAAAAUCAAAAUUCUGCUUCAAAGAACUCCAGUACCUAGGGUAUGUAGUCGGUCAGGGUUGUUUAAAACCUGACCCGGCCAAAGUUUCGGCAAUUCUCGAGUUUCCAGUGCCUAAAACGAUGAAACAAGUUCGAAGAUUUCUCGGUAUGGCAGGGUGGUAUCGUAGAUUUGUGAACAACUUUUCGACUCUCGCUGCUCCGUUGACAGACACUUUAAAAAAAGGUAAAAAGUUUAACUUCGAUAAAGAAGCAGAAACAGCUUUUGAAGCGAUUAAAACUGCUCUUACGUCUGAUCUGGUUCUCACAAACCCAGAUUUUUCAAAAGAAUUUAUCAUUUUGUGUGAUGCGUCAGCAUCAGGGAUAGGAUGCGUGUUAUGUCAGAAGGAUGAAAAAGGAAACGAACGACCGAUUUAUUAUUUCUCACAAAAGCUAAAUUCGGCUCAGCGUAACUACUCAGUUACGGAACGAGAAUGUUUGGCAGCCGUGAAAGGGAUUCAAAAAUUCCGUCCGUAUGUAGAAGGCUAUAGAUUUACAGUGGUGACAGAUCAUUCUAGCCUGAAGUGGUUGAUGAGUCUGCGAGAUCCAACGGGGAGGUUAGCACGCUGGAGUCUCAAACUGCAAGGGUUCGAUUUUGGCAUCGAACACCGGAAGGGUACUCUGAAUGUAGUGCCAGAUGCUCUUUCCCGAGUUUAUGAGGUAGAGACACUGCAUUCAGCAGUUUGUCCACCGGAGUCUAUGUCAACGAACGUCGAUGUUCUUCAUAUUGAUUUGGAAGAUCCGAGUUUCAAGUCGGACGAGUAUCUCCAAAUCAUCGAUCAUAUCGGACAAAACAAAGACCAGCUACCUGACCUUCAAGUUUCGGACGGUUUCGUAUACAAGAAGGUCAGGCAUUGCACAGGCAAUCCACUUCGAGACGAUUUAGUCUGGAAGAUAUGGGUUCCAGCGGCGCUGACAAACCGUUUGAUCUCGUUGGCUCAUUGCCCACCCAGAGCUUCACACGGCGGUAUUACUAAGACUCUCUACAAGUUGCGACAACAAUUUUUCUGGCCAAACAUGGCAUCUCACGUCAGACAGUUCAUUGAAAAUUGCGAAGUGUGCAAAACAACUAAAGCUCCUAAUAUUACUCUUAGAGCUGAAAUGGGGAAAUCUUUUUCUGUCGAUCGACCAUUUCAACACCUGUAUAUAGAUUUCUUGGGUCCUUACCCUAGGUCCAAAGCCGGAAAUACUCAAAUAUUUAUCGUACUUGACCAGCUGACAAAAUUCGUGUUAAUUAAACCAAUCCGAAAAGCUAACGCAACAUCAGUUAUAAAAUUUUUGCAAGAAGAUGUAUUCUUAAUUUUCGGAGUUCCUGAAAGUAUCCUUUCUGACAAUGGUAGCCAAUUUAUAGGGAAGGAAUUUUCUAAAAUGACUAAAAUAUAUGGAAUAACGCAUUACCGAACCGCGGUAUAUUCACCGCAGGCGAACGCGAGCGAGCGAGUAAAUCGCUCAAUCCUCGCGGCAAUACGCGCUUAUGUAGACCCUGGACAGACUAAUUGGGAUUUGAACCUAUCUUCGAUUGGAAGCGCUUUACGCUCGACAAUACAUUCAGCUAUCGGCAUGUCCCCGUACGAAGCCUUGUUCGGGCAUCGUAUUAUCGAACACGGGUCUGAUUAUAGACUUUUACGUAAGCUUGGCGGACUGAACCACUCGGAAAUAGAUUGGCUCCCUAAAGUUGCUAGAAUGAACGUUUUACACACGUAUCUGAAAGCAGCCUUAGAGCGGUCACACGAGUCUUAUGAAAAAACGUAUAACCUGCGGAGUAGGGUGGUUUCAUAUAAAGUGGGAGACGUACUCUACAAACGUAAUUUCGUCUUGAGUGAUGCAACCAAACAUCUCAAUGCUAAGCUCAGACCCAAAUUUGUUAAAGUUACUGUUUGUAAGAUAAUUGGAAAUAACUUGUAUGAGGUUUUAGACUCAAAAGGUCAUAAAACGAUAGCACAUUCAAAAGAUUUAAGAAAAUAA